GUUGUUGUUUUUAUGAGAGGCGUCACUGCUCUCGGAGCUGUGACCGCCGCCACCGCGACAGCUAACGCCGUCGGGCGGAGGUGGCGCUGCUCCUUCAGGUACGGCCCUGGGCGAGUUUGGACCCCAGGAGGAGAGUCCGGGCCGACUGUCGGGGUCCUGGCUCAGCCGCCUGGCGGAGGCGGUCGCGGGGUUUCCGCUGAAGGGGGGCUUGACCCUAGGCGCUCGGUGUUUGCGGCCGCCUGGGUGGCCUCCUCGGAAGGCGAGUCUGCAUCCCCCGUGGCGGAGCCGGUCCGGUGGUCCUGCAGCCUCGGUUCCCUGCGUUGCAGACGCGAGCGGUGUGCCGGGAGUGUGGGGGAGCCGACAGCCCAGGGGACGCACCCGCCUUCCUCCGCUGGGCUGGCUUAAGGCUCUCCUCGGUCCUGAUUGAUGAGAAUCCAUAUGACCUGAAAAAUGUCUGAAAAUUCCAGUGACAGUGAUUCAUCUUGUGGUUGGACUGUCAUCAAUCAUGAGGGGUCUGAUAUAGAGAUGGUGAAUUCUGAACAUGGUGCAGCCAAUGACAGCUGUGAGCUCACCCCAGAAUGUUCAUCUUUAUCACAAGAGGAGCUACGAGUAUUGCAGUUAGAGCAGGGAGAGAGCAGCCAGAAUGGCACAGUGUUAAUGGGAGGAACUACUUAUCCAGCUUUGGAGGAAAUGAAGUCAGCACUUGAGGGAGAGGAAGAAAAGUUACCUGAUGACAAUCUCUAUUUUGGAACUGUCAGUGAUGAUUCUGAUAUUGUUACACUUGAGCCACCUAAGUUAGAAGAAACUGGGAAUCAAGAAGAAACAAUAAUUGUUAAAGAAGCAGAGAGUCCAGAAGACUUUAACAUGGGCUCUUCCUCUAGCAGCCAGUAUACGUUUUGUCAGCCAGAAACUGAAAGGUGGUGGGAGAAGCUGUGGAAGAUUCCUGAAUGCAUAAGGGGAUGGGAUGAUCAGCUGAAACACCAUGUUCCUAGCCAACUCGCUUUCCAAGUAUUUUCAUCUCAGCCUAGCGAUGACGAAUCAAGUAGUGAUGAAACCAGUCAUCAGCCCAGUCCGGCCUUUAGACGACGCCGUGCUAGGAAGAAGACUGUUUCUAGUUCAGAAUCCGAAGAAAGGUUACUUGCUGAACAAGAAACUGAACCUUCUAAGGAGCCGUGUAAACGUCAAUUCAAUAGUGGUCUCAAUAAAUGUGUUAUACUUGCUUUGGUGAUUGCAAUCAGCAUGGGAUUUGGACAUUUCUAUGGCACAAUUCAGAUUCAGAAGCGUCAACAGUUAGUCAGAAAGAUACAUGAAGAUGAAUUGAAUGAUAUGAAGGAUUAUCUUUCCCAGUGUCAACAGGAACAAGGGUCGUUUAUAGAUUUUAAGUCAUUGAAGGAAAACCUUGCAAGGUGUUGGACCCAUACUGAAGCAGAGAAAAUGUCCUUUGAAACUCAGAAAAAGAACCUUGAUACAGAAAAUCAGUAUCUAAGAAUAUCUCUGGAGAAGGAAGAAAAAGCCUUAUCUUCAUUACAGGAAGAGUUAAGGAAACUAAGAGAACAGAUUAGGAUACUGGAAGAUAAAGGGACAAGUGCUGAAUUAUUUACAGAAAAUCAGAAACUUAAGCAGCAUUUGGAAGAAGAAAAGCUGAAAACACAAAGCUUCCUUAAUCAAAAGGAGACUCUGUUGGCAGAAGCAAAGAUGCUAAGGAGGGAACUGGAAAGAGAACAACUAAUAACCAUGGCUUUAAGGGUGGAACUCCAGCAGCUAAGCUCUAGUCAGUCAUAUAGCAACCCAGACUCUCCCAGUGUAGUGACUGAAAACAAGGAAAUAGAAGUGUUACGGGAAAGACUCACUGAGCUGGAGCGCAAGCUAAACUUUGAACAGCAGCGUUCUGACUUGUGGGAAAGACUGUAUGUUGAAGCAAAAGAUCAAAAUGGAAAACAAGAAACUGAUGGAAAAAAGAAAGGGAACAGAGGAAACCACAGAGCUAAAAAUAAGUCAAAGGAAACAUUUUUGGGUUCUGUUAAGGAAACAUUUGAUGCCAUGAAGAAUUCUACCAAGGAGUUUGUGAGGCAUCAUAAAGAAAAAAUUAAACAGGCUAAAGAAGCUGUAAAAGAAAAUCUGAAAAAAUUUUCAGAUUCAGUUAAAUCCACUUUCAGGCAUUUCAAAGAUACCACCAAGAAUAUCUUUGAUGAAAAAGGCAAUAAAAGAUUUGGUGCUACAAAAGAAGCAGCAGCUAAAAAACCAACAACAGUUUUUAGUGAAUAUUUAUAUCCACAGUAUAAGGCACAUACACAAAACCAGAAUAGUAGAGGCCCUACUACGCAAAGAGAGAGAAGGAAAGAAAAGCCUCAUUUUGAAGAAUUUGGAAAAAAUACACAUUCACAGAAAUGCAGUGCUGAGCAUGACUGUGGUGAAAAUUAUAAUUCUUUCAGAAAGGCUUGUUCUGGUGUUUUUGAAUGUGCUCAACAGGAAUCCAUUAACCUUUUUAAUGUUAAAAUGUUGAAUCCUGUAAGGAUAGAUGAAUUUAGACAGCUAAUUGAAAGGUAUUUAUUAGAAAAACUGGAUAGUUUUCAUCAUUGGAAAGAACUUGAUCACUUCAUCAAUAAGUUUUUCCUAAAUGGUGUCUUUAUACAUGAUCAGAAGCUCUUCACUGACUUUGUUAAUGAUGUUAAAGGUUAUCUUAAAGACAUGAAGGAAUAUCAAGUAGAUAAUGAUGGAGUAUUUGAGAAGUUGGAUGGAUAUAUGUAUAGACACUUCUUUGGUCACACCUUUUCCCCUCCAUAUGGACCCAGUCGACCAGAUAAAAAGCAACGUAUGGUAAAUAUUGAAAGCUCCAGGCAUCGAAAACAAGAGCAGAAGCACCCUCAGCCACAACCUUAUAAAAGGGAAGGUAAAUGGCAUAAAUAUGGUCGCACUAAUGGAAGACACAUGGCAAACCUUGAAAUAGAAUUGGGGCAAUUACCUUUUGAUCCUAAAUAUUGACCAUCACGAUUAAGUUAAAUUAGAAAACUGUAACAGAAACUUGGAUGCUUUCUAUACUGUUUGGUGUUGAAACUAAGAUGAAAUUAUCAAGAUAACAACGUCUUUUUAUCAUUUCUAAGUAUCAGUUUGAUGAUUUUAUAUUAUUACUCAGAAGCAUCAAGCAAAAGCUUACUAACUUGCAUUUUCCUGUAGUUUAGCUUUGCUGAAUUUUUUUUGGCAGUGGAAAUGUUCAACUGUAGAUUUAUUAAGGAAGCCAGGCAUGCAACAGAUUUUGUGCAUGAAAUGAGGCUUCCUUUCAGUGUAUGAGCUUAAAGCAAGCUCAAAUCAUACAUGACAAAGUGUAAUUAACACUGAUAUUUGUGUUAAAUUUCCAGUAGAGCUUGAAAAAAGUACAUUGUGAUGGAAUUUCAUCUCUAACAUUUUAUAAUCUUACACUUCUUGUCUUUUUGUGGGUUCAAGAGCCCGUUGACUUGUGAAGAAUUUGCUGCCUUAUGAGCUUGCUGACUUGUUCUCUUGUGAAAUUUCUUGCACAUCUGAAUAUUGUGGAAGAAACAAUAAAACUACACCAUGAGGAAAACUAAAGGUCUUUAUUUAAAAUCUGGCAUUGCAUUAUUAAUACAUGAUUUUAUAUUUUGUGAUAUUUUUCAUAUAUUUCCUCAGUAGUGAUAUUUGGUAAAGUAGUUCAUAGUGGUUUUUUGCUAGUUCCAUGAAUUUUACCCAGUAUUUACUAGCAUAUUUAAGCAGCAUCUGGAUAUUUCUGCUCAGCAAUGUCUAUUUCUCUGAGAAAGAUCUAAACAAAGUCAGAAUUUCAUGUUCAUGUUUGGUUGAGUUUCCCUUUUAACUUCCGUUCAUAGACGUAUAUGUGACUUCCAGUUCGACUCUCCGGAAAGUGAGUGUGGAAGAAUACAGCAGUUCUCUCAUACUUGUUUGAAAUUAGGAAAGGAUUUAUUUCCUAGAAGUAAAUAAAUGUUUAAGUAAAUAAAGGCUACAUUUUGCUGAGUACCGUUUCAAGAAUUUAAGAGUGACCUAUUUGUUCUUCUGAAACCCUUUUCUUAAUAAAACAAUGCAAUUUCUUAAUAAAAUAAUUAACUCAUGGUAAGUAACAUAUAUUCCUUGGUAGUUACAGAACUAGGGCUGAUUUGGACUAGGGAAAAGACCAGUUAUAAAAUGUGGGUUGAAAGGGACCAUAAAAAAAGUGAUGUUGUCUGUUUACCUGAGUGUUUGCUAAACCUGAGGUGAAAUAAAAAUACUGAGUUAUACCUUUUUUCACGUUCCCUUACCUCCUCCAAGAUGCUGAAGAUGAUCAAGUGAGUAGGCAGUGUUGAAUCAUUUUGAAACUCUCUAUACAACCACUUUAAGGGAUUUAGAUAAAAUAUAUCUGCUUCAACAAGAUAAUCACCUUUUCCAGUCAGGUCUGGGGGACAUUGGAGAAAUCUCAUUGGAAGUGGGUGAUGGACAUGGCUAUAAGAAGAAAGUUACCAUUAUAGUUACAAGAAGUAAAAAAAAGUUUUUUUUCGUGAAAGUUUUCAAAUUACUCUUAAGAUAUGCUCACAUAACAAAAUGUGAAAUCUGAAUCUAAACUAGAUUCCAGUUAAGGUGAGGAGGCACACCUUUAAUGCAGUUUUCUCAGAAAUGGAGAAUAUGAUUCUCACACUGUGUACCUGUGCAGUAACCUCAAGUCCAAACUAAAGAGCAAAACUCCAUUUCAGGGCGGGAAGUAGGUCAGCAGCUUGUGGGACUCAAUAGUCUAUAACAUUAGUAUGCUGUUCCAGGGAUGGAUGGGGCCUUUAGGACCGGGUAUGUUGCUUGUUAAUAAGAGAGUAAUAUCUGGCAAAGUAGAAAACUGGUCAUGAACCAGAAAGGAUUCUUUUCCUCUUUCUGCUCUGAAUCCUUACACAACAAGUUUUUCCUUUUUUUUUUUUCCUUAAAUAUUUAUAUAAGUAAGAUUUAGUAAUAGAGAGCAACAUGGGUUCACUGAUCAAAAUUCAAAUAAGUCAUGGUUUUACUGUGGCAUAGAAAGACUAGAGUGUAUGUAAAAAAGAUGGACUGAUGAAUCAUAACAACUUAAGCCAGUUACUUGGGCCAUGCAAAAAGCCAUGUUUACAACUUUGCCUCAGGAAAAUUAAUAUAGGGACUUCCCUGGUGGCGCAGUGGUUAAGAAUCUGCCUGCCAAUGCAGGGGACACGGGUUCGAUCCCUGGUCCACGAAGAUCCCACACGCCGCGAAGCAGCUAAGCCCGUGUGCCACAACUACUGAGCCUGGGCUCUAGAGCCCGCAAGCCACAACUACUGAGCCCGCGUGCCACGACUACUGAAACCCGCGCGCCUAGAGCCUGUGCUCCGCGACAAGAGAAGCCACCACAAUGAGAAGCCCGCGCACCGCAACGAAGAGUAGCCCCUGCUCUCCACAACUAGAGAAAGCCUGCACGUGGCAGCGAAGACCCAACACAGCCAAAAAUAAAUAAAUAAAUUUUUUAAAAAAAUUAAUAUAAAUAAGUGAUAGAAGUUUAUUUUUAUCUAUGAAAUGCAUACAAAAUAAAUUUACACAAGACCUUAAUAUUUCACGACUGGGACUUCCCUGGUGGCUCAGUGGUUAAGAAUCCACCUGCUAAUGCAGGGGACACAGGUUCGAUCCCUGGUCCGGGAAGAUCCCCCAUGCCAUGGAGCAGCUAAGCCCGUGCUCCACAACUACUGAGCCUGCGGUCUAGAGCCCAUGCGCCACAACUACUGAGCCCACGUGCCGCAACUACUGAGCCCGUGUGCUGCCACUGCUGAAGCCCAUGUGCCUAGAGCCCAUACUCCGCAACAAGAGAAGCCACCGGUAAUGAGAAGCCAGCUCGUCACAACUAGAGAAAGCCCGCACGCAGCAACAAAGACGCAACAAAGCCUAAAUAAAUAAAGUUAUUUCAAAUACUUCAUGACUUUUACAGUUUUGAAGAUGAAGGUCUCGCUUCAAGGGGAAAGCAGAAACUGAGAAGAAGCUGCCAGCCUUAUAUUCCAAAGUAGGUAUCAGACUUUUUUUUUUUUUUUUUUGUGCUCCAUUGUGCAAGUUGAAAAAAUGUAAGACAAGAACUAGGUGAACUAUACAAAGCCUAAGAUAUCAACCACUACAACCAUGUAUGGGAGAGCAUCUUGGUACCUCUAGAAUUCCUGUUCUCUUCAGUGUUAACACUACUGAGAGCAUGGAUGGAGAGUGAAUGUCCCUCUCUCAGCUCUAGUCUUUUUUAUAUAGUGUAGGAUCCUCAAGUUAAAGGGAUACUUGGGGUCUUACAUCCAUCUAACCUGUGGCUUUUGCUACACAUUUCCAAAUUGCAUAUUAAUGAUUGGCAUUAAUGAUUCAGUUAAGUACAGUAUUCCAAAAGUGUUAAAUUACCUUAAAAUGAUAUCAAGUUUGAUAUUAAGUUGACUGAAUGUGCACAUGGAAAAUUAACUUCAGAUUGUUUAAAGCCAGAUAGGUAAAGAAUUUUCUAAAGGAAAGCUGUUUGCUUUGUCCUUUUACCCUUAUUGGGCAAUUGGUGAAGUAAUACAGCUUCCUGAAAUACAAGCAUAGGGUCAAUGAUGUCUUUUUAUAUGUCCUGCAUAAUUAAGGCAGUUUCAGUGUUAUUUCCCAGACACACUUAAUCCAAGCAUUAGGAUGGCAUCUAAUUGAAUUCCCUAAUUUUUACAGGCAAGACAGCUGAUACCCAAAGAGAUUAAAUACACUGGUUUAAGACCAGGGCAACAGUCCAACAGUAAAUCUGGACUUGAAUCCAGUGUUUUGAGAUUAUUUCAAAAUUAUGUAAAUAAUAAGAUGUAUCACAAAGAUUUGUACGGAUCAAUGAUAAGUGAAUUUCUUUACUAAGAGUACCAUCAAAUAAACAUAUAUGAUAUUUUAUACUACCUUUAAAUAGUAUAAAAUAUCGUAUAGGCUUUCGAUCAUUAUUUAAAUGUAAGUUGUUUUGAAAAAAGAAUAUUAAAGUUUAUUUAAAAGUUGUGUAUGAUUUUCAUUGACAUAAAUAGCAGUUUCAAAUUUCUUAUAAUCAUUUGAUCAAUUAAUUUAAAUCCAGGAAUCCAAAAGGAAUUUUAAAGUAGUUUUCAUAAUAAUAGCAUAUUAUGAACAAAUUUUAUUACCUAUAAUAAGGAGUAGAGUGACAAGGCAUCAUCAUUAGUACUGAAGCUGAAGAUAUAUCUGUAUUGUUGUAACAGAGUUCUCGAAUAUUAGUCAUGACAUCAAGAGUACCUCGUUGAUGAACUAAACCAGUAUAGAGGGCAAAGAACAUAUUUGAUAAAAACAGGAAACUUAGAGCUGGUUUCUUCCACAAUUUCAGGUUGCUUAGGGAGUAUCCUAUAUAAAGAUAGACACAUUGAAUUGUAACACUGGUAAUGUUUUGUUUUCUUAUAGCUAAGCAAAUAUUAACUGCAAAUAUAUUUGUAAUCUUUCAUGGAAGUGUAGUACAAGCUGUAAUGCUGUCAUGGACAAACGAGGUCAGCAAUACGUCAUCUUUGUAAUUUCUCUGACCAUUCACUGUCAUUAUCCAUUAUCAUCCAUGUCUUGACCUUUUUCUAGAAAAAGGAAUUGAGGUAUAGCGGAAAGAUUAUGGCUAGGGAGUCUAACAGAAACAGAUUUGAAUUCUAGCUCUGGAAUUAGUUUCCCUAUCUUCCCUAACAGUACCUUGAAAUCAAGUAUUAGAAAAAAAUGUAUGUCCAGUGUCUGUCCUGGUAUAUAGUUGCUAAAUAAAUAGGACUUGCAUUUAUUCCAUUUACCUAUCACUUUAAUCUCCCAAGCACUAGCAAUGGAUUGUGUACAUUACAAGUCUCAGUAAUUCUGGAGGAAGUAUAACAGAAUAUCCUCUUAGAAAAAUACACCACUAAGCUCCUGGGAGAUUUUCAGUGGUCAGUUUAUGAGUGAUGGCAUGGAUCUCUUUCUGGAAGAGAAAGAUUUAUGUUUUAUUAUUAUUUUUUUCUUUCACUAUAGUGUUGGACAAUUUGGAGAUGCUAAACAAUUUUUCUUUUUUAAUUUGUAAAAGUAAUUCUUGUAUGUGGCGAAACAAAACAAAAAAACCACUUUGGUAAGGAAAUCUAUAUUUUCAUUUUCCAUAGUGAGAAGUCAGUAGAUAAUGCCAAAAACAGUAACCUUUAAGAGCAUUAUUAGCAUUUUAUUUAGAGAGGGAGACAAAUAACAAAAUAACCACCUAAAAGAGUGUAAGUGAUUGCCUCUGAGUAUGGUAAUGGGAGGGAGGGCAGGGGAACCACUGUUCUUUAAAAAUCCUUGUCUGACUUUUGAAACAGUGCAUGUGCAGUUUUGCUAAAAAGAUUAGCAUAUGGAAAAACAAAGUGGCCUAAUCAGAGACCAGCAAGUCUGCACUGGCCACUGUAGUAAAAACAGAUUAAGCAGAAACCCAACCCAAGAUCCUGCCACUUAAAGACUCACGCUUUUGGAAUGGGAAUGAGAAUUUAGACAACUCAGUCUUUAAAACACUCUGUAAAGACACAGAGCAGAGAAGUGGAAUGCUGGAAAAACCAGAUUAUAAAAAUGGAAUGAAACCAAUUUCCUAAAUUAACCAAAUCAAACAUGUGCACAGAAAUAUCUGUCCUCCAAUAGUCUGGCAAUGCUCACCUGGGUGAAAAACAAUUAUAACUCUAACUCAAGUUACUGUAAAAAAAAAAAAAAAAAAAAAAAAGUUUAAAUCUGAAUAGUGAUUUGUGAACAGAUUUGCUCUGCCAAAUGGUCCCACUGUUCUUAAAACUUGCCAAAUAGCUCUUAGAUGCUUAUAUUUUUAUUUGUGCCUGCAUUUGUAUUUGAAGUAAGACUAUAAAUAGGACACUAACUUUGGUUUCAGAACUUUAGAUGUUUCCAGUACAUAGAGGUGUAUGUUUGUGUCUAAAUUGAAGAGACUACAUCUGAGAUCUGUAGGAGAUAACUUAUACUUGGUCAAAGAAGGCUGCUUAACUCAAUGGGUUGUUUGGAGGUUUGGUUUUUUUUUUAAGUAAAAAGUUUGGUACCAUUAACUUCCUAGUUUUUCUGCGCCUCUAGGCCCAGUUGAUUACUCAUUUCUUCCCUCCUUAGUCCAGUGAUUUUUUUUUAGUGAUUAAUAUUUGAAGGAAGCCAGCAGCCAUUCUGAAUUAAACUUGAAGUUAAUAAAGUUUCAAUUCGUAAAUUUUCCAAACCAACCAAUGAAAAAAUUCAUAUUUUCCAGAGCCGAGUAAUAUAAGACUUUUUAGAAGCCAUAUGUAAAAAACCUACUGAAAAAAACCUAGUGGAAAAAUGGAGAAAAGAUUAAAAAUUAAGCCAGAGGUGUGAAUCACUUAAAAAAUUGCAUAUGCAUUAGAGUGAGUCUUGAAGGGAUAGAUGUGUGUAAAGCAUUAAAAACUAGUUUCAAUAUACAUUUUUCAUUUGUGGAAUGUAGAACUUCGUAGUUUAACCAUAAACUUAAAUUAGCUAUUCUAAAAUAGACAUGUUGUAUUACUUUUUAGCGAAAGAUUUCUGACAGCCAGAAACACCACCACCAAAAGGUGUUACGGAUACUGGAUCCUUAUGUUUUUAUCUCACUUUACAGGACACAGGAAAAAGGAUGUUUAGGCUGCAAAAAGGGAAUGCUGCAGUAAUAUACUCAAUUUGUAAUUACGGAGCAAUUCUUAUUUAGCCUACUAGAAAAUAAAUAAUAUUUUAGAGUUUAAUAAGCAUUGAUUGUCUUAACUGUUUCUUUAUAAUUGAUUUUUUUCUCUAUUAUACAAAAAUACUUACCACAGAACACCAUACAAAAUGGUAAAACUGGAUAGAUAAACCUGAAUUCUUUGUGGCUCAACAUGCUGUAGUAAAAAAAGAUAUUCAAAGAAAAUAUUAUUUUCUUAUAUUAAAUGAUGGUUUGAGAAGUUAAUGUAUUUUAAAUGAAUGUAAUUAACAUCUGUUUUUGUAAUUACUGAGACUGAAUUUCAUGUUUUAGGAAUCAGUCUCAUUCUUUUUUAGUUAUUAAGGUGAUGAUGAUGUGUUAAAAGUAAUCCUAACAUUUGAUGUCAAUGCGAUAUUCUAAAGUACAAUUGCAUUCUAAAAAAAGGAUUUCUAUUACCAAUCCAAGUAAGUUAUUUUACUCAAAUUUCAAAUAAAGGUGCAUACAUUUUCAAAA